UGCUCUAGUAAUCACAUCAAUUUGCUGUCGUACGCGAUUAAUAUUAUGGGUCGUCCUAAAAUUGUUCGAAUCCAUUGAAUUAUUCUGUAAAUAAGUGCUUUAAGUGCUUUUAUUCUUUACUCGGAUCAUAGAGUGUAACAGUUGAGAGGAUUUUUUUUAAUCAAAGCCGUAUGAAAGUACGUAAAAUGAGGCGUACUUUAGCGUAGGUUCGGAUUCUUCUUUUUUUUUUGCUUUUUUUUUCUAAGUGCAUUUGGUUUCUGGAAAAAGUGAACCAUUCAAAAUGGAUGACGAAUCGGCGAUAUAAUAAGUGUUUUUUAGUGUUCCUAAACUUCCACAGUGUAAACUAUGUGAUUGACAGGGUAAUAUUUCCUAUUUAGAGAAGAAAAACGUAAAACAAUUGAGACGCGACUAACGGUACUCAUUCAAGAUGUGCUGCAGUGACUGUUAAUAUGGAAUGAAAUGAAGAUUGGAUCAUAAGGUUCAUCAGCCUGCUAAUAUCUUAUGUGGAUAAAAACAAUGUAUUAUCUACGGAGUUGCUGAUAGUGAAAAGUGUUUAUUUAUAAAAAAGACGAACAUAGUAAUAAAUGCUAAAGACGAACAUAGCAGUAUAAUCAAAACAAACGUUAAGUAUACAUCGAAAAAACAAACAUUCCAAAAAAUCUCGAAGUCAAAGCCCUUUUAAAUUGACAAUUGCACGGCUCAGUGUAAAUAAGGAUGGCGUACCACAAACCAACAGAUAUAGAUGGGUUCAUCACACAGAUGGCAAAAGCAGAUAUGCGAGUUAAAGCACAACUUGCAGAAGACUUGGUAUUGUAUCUCAGCGAUUCGGAAAACUCGAUAGAAUGCGUGGAUUUAGGCCUCCUCAUAGAUGGAUUAAUCCCGUGGAUGAUAGGGAGCCAUUUCAAGAUUGCUCAACGUGCACUAGAGGCAUUCACAGAGUUGAUCGUACGUCUUGGUCAGGAUUUCAACGCGUAUACCUCAACAAUCCUGCCACACACCGUGGAUCGCUUAGGAGAUAGUCGUGAUACAGUUCGAGAGAAAGCACAAUUACUGUUGCAUAAGCUAAUGGAAUGUCGAGUAGUUUCUCCACAAUCAAUGUUAGAUAAAUUGACGGUUUGCUUCAAACAUAAGAAUGCGAAAGUGAGAGAGGAGUUUUUGCAAACAAUUAUUAAUGCUUUAAAUGAGUAUGGCACCCAAUCACUCUCAGUAAAGAUGUACAUCCAGCCCAUAGUGCUACUUCUAGGAGACCCAACACCUACAGUACGAGAUGCAGCAGUGCAAACUUUGGUUGAGAUUUAUAAACAUGUAGGAGAUAAACUAAGAACUGAUCUCAGGAAAAGAGAUGUUCCGGCUGCAAAGUUUGCCAUCCUUGAACAAAAAUUUGAUGAAGCAAGAAAUGAUGGACUACUACUUCCGUCAGCGAUCAACUCAGCCAUUUCUAACGAUGAUGUUGAUACUGCCAUUGUGGCAAGACCAACACGCUUAGUGAAAAGGACUCCAUCCGCCACGCCACGGAAACCCUUAUUUGAAACGCAAGGAUCUGGAGAUUUGUUGGCCGCUGGUGCUGUGUCAUGGGAAAUAUUUGAAAAUUCUUUCGAGAAUGUUCCACAGCUGACUAUAUUUUCACAACGAGAUAUGGAUGAGCACAUGAAAUCAAUCAAUACUGUAAUUGGUGAUAAAAACAUGGACUGGGAGAAGCGAGUUGAUGCGCUGAAAAAAAUUCGGUCGCUUCUUAUGAUCAAUGUGCAAAAUUCGCCCACAUUCACUCAGCAGCUUAAAGACUUGUCCAUUGCAUUCCUCGAUAUAUUGAAAGAACUGAGAUCACAAGUUAUACGCGAAGGGUGUAUUACUUUGGCGUAUAUGUGCAAAGUACUAAAAAAUCGAAUGGAUCAGUUCGUGAUAUACAUCUUGCAGGAGUUAAUCAAUUUAAUUCAAAACUCUGCAAAAGUCAUAUCGUCUGCGGGACUUAUUACUCUCAAAUACGUCAUCAAACAUAUACAUGCUCCAAAAAUAGUGCCAAUAAUCACCCAGAAUCUCAUGCAAUCCAAGUCAAAGGAUAUCCGUAGUAUGUUGAGCGAAAUAAUGCUCUUGUUAUUGGACGAAUGGCCCACUAAAGCUUUAGAGAAAAACAAUUCUUUAUUAAGAGAUGCUUUACGCAAAGGAUUUUCUGAUGCAGACAGUGAAGCAAGAAGGCACAGUCGAUGUGCAUUUUGGAGCUUCCGAAGACAUUUCCAGGAUCUAGCAGAUAAUCUUUAUUCAUCAUUGGAUCCCGCUACACAACGUAUGAUGGAGCGAGAUCGAGACAAUUUAGGAACAAAUGGUACCAAUUCAAUGAGUGUUAGCUUGCGUGGCAGCAAUAGUAGCUUGAACUCUGUCCCUGGUGGGGUGAUAAAACGUAGGCAAUCUUCGGGACUAAGAAGUCCAGCGUCUGCUCAACCACCAGGAAAUGCAACUAGUAUCAGUACAGAAAAUUUAUCAUGUGCCCAAGCGGCUUCUUCACGAUUACAACGGACUCCGUCAUUACCUCGAACUUACUCUCGCAAUCGUAGCGGAAUUCCAGUUGCGCAUCGAGAUAACCAAUCAUCUGUGCGAGCUGGCUUGCGCAGUGUUUCUGCUGUUGAUACUGCUGCUGCCCAGAGAGCUCGCGCAAGAGCACAGUACUCAAAUAUGGCACGCAUGAAAAUAUCUUCAGGGUCAGCAUCGCUACAAGGUCAAUACGCUCAGCAAGCGCGAGCUAAAAAGCUACCAGCAUCGAUAAAUACCCCACAACAACCUCCAACCCCUGAACGAAGAAUCCGUUCGAGGUCAGGCGUGUCUCAAUCACAACCAACAUCAAGAAGCACUUCUCCUUCCAGUAGGUUACGUGACAAUUUUGGUAUUCCUUCAAUUUACAAACAAACUGGCACCGUGCCGAAAAAAAAUUCUGGUAUUCCGCGAUCACUGGUCAACUCCCGUGAAACAAGUCCUACAAGAGGAACACAAUUCGGAUCACUACGCCGUAACGCAUAUGGAACAAACAGUCCUAGAAGAUUGGAUCGACCACCAGUGAAUCCGGGACGGCCUGUCUUAGCGCAAAAAAUACUACAACAAAGCAGAGAAGCUGAAAAUGCUUUAGCAGAUGCACUUUCACCAGAUGAUCAUGAUCUGUCAUCAGAUUUUUCUCGUUUAGGAUUGCAUAGAAAAAUAUCACGAGACGAAUCUGAUGAAAGUGAAGCUUCGUCUGUUUGUUCAGAGAGAAGUUUUGACUCGUAUAGAAGAGGAAAUGAUUCAUACUCGUGGAACGGAUCACGAACGCGUCUUGAUAGUUCGAGGACCAUGAUUGAGGACAUCGAUACUAUAAUUCAAUUCUGUGCAUCCACUCAUUGGUCUGAGCGAAAAGAUGGCCUUAUCAACCUUACACAAUAUCUGAGUGAGGGGAAAAUGUUAACUUCACAACAACUUCAAUGUGUUCUUGAUUUGUUCAGAAAAAUGUUCAUGGAUCCACACAUUAAAGUCUAUGCUCUGUUUUUGGAUACUGUCAACGAACUCAUUCUUUCGCAUUCGAAUGAUUUACACGAUUGGUUGUUCAUUCUGCUUACAAGGUUGUUUCAAAAGUUAGGCGGUGAUUUGUUGGGUUCUAUGCAUGGGAAAAUUUGGAAAACGUUACAGUUGAUUUACGAGUACUUUCCAGCAGAUCUUCAAAUGCAGUGUGUCUUCAGGAUUCUUAUUGAUGCUGCUCAAACACCAAAUAUCAAAACACGACAAGCAACGUUGAAAUUUUUGACUACACUCGCUACUACAUAUUGCACCGCUGCACAGUUUGUAACACAUAGCCAAACUCAACAGUUAGUUGAUAGAGCAAUAUUAAAAAUUGUUCAAACUUCGUUGGACCAAAAAAGUCUUGAAUUGAAGUCACAAGCACGAUCAUGCAUCGUAGCAUUGUAUAACUGCAAUCCAUCACAGAUGACAAUGACUUUAGCUAAUCUUCCUAAACAAUAUCAAGAUACAGCAAAGGCAAUCAUACAACACCAUAUGCGACGUAGUACCUCAGGAACAGAUAGUCCAUCAUCUCCAUUAUCGUCGUCGAGCCCUAAGCCAUUGUUGAGCCCACAGCAAGGGCCAUAUAGCUUACAGAGCGCAUGUGUUUCUAGAUCACGCCAAACGUCAAUCGAUGUCACAGAUUCUAUGAACUCAGAAGAAGUUUAUAAAAAUCUCCGUAAAACUACAGCUGAAAUUCAAAACUACAGCUUUGAAGCAAAACUUGACAGAGAUGCCAACAGCAAAGAUUCUGGAAUAAGCCAAAUGGGAGAAGUUCAAAUGCAAAAUUCAGACAACUAUUUACUAGGUUCGAAUGGUUUAAAUGGUCAUGUUGGCUUUGAAAAAGACGACUCCUGUAAUGGAUCUAAGACGCAAUCGGCUACCACUACUGAAUCGAAUACUCCAGAAAACACUGUGCGUUUGGAUGGUAUCGAUAUGAACCAGAAACCCCUAGUACACUCGCAGCGACAUCAUCAGUACACGUUUACGGAUACAGGAGAACUUGUCGUAGACAGUGGCGUAAAGGAAAACGAUGUCAUCAAAGCAGCAAUAGUUUUAUCUCACGACACCAAUACAGAAACAAUAGUUCAAGUUCUGGAAAAUUUGCAAACAUGCAUUAAACACGGAAACUGCGAAUUACCAAUCAAAAACUUCAAGGCUAUCAUGAAAAUGUUAUUGAAUCUAAUGGAGUCACAAAACUUCACAGUACUGAUUGUAGCACUACAUACACUUGGACGAAUCGUUCGUAGUUCUGAAAUGAAAUCAUGUUGGAGCAAUUUCUUGGAAUUAAUUUUAUUGAAGAUAAUCGACUGCUACAAAAUUAGCAAAGAGGUAUCAAGAGAAAUCGACAUCAUCGUAGUAAAAAUUGCAAGUGUUCUACCAUUAGAUAUUUCUGUAAACAUCCUCAACCCAGUUAUCGCAACCGGUGACUUUCCAGCAAACCUUUGCGCGCUAAAAAUUUUGAAAGAAUUAGCGCAUAAGCAGGGCAAAGAUUUGACAGAUAAUCAUUUGGAUAGUAUAAUGCCAAACAUAGCUAGGUUAGCUGACGAUAGUCAAUCUAUGGUCAGAAAGGCGGCAGUAUUUUGUAUGGUAGAGUUGUACGUUGUGAUGGGAGAAGAGAAGGUGAAACCAAAAUUUGCGCUUCUUAAUGCUAGUAAAAUAAGGUUGCUGAACGUUUACAUCGCAAAGUCGUUGAGCAGUAAUAAAGGAUUGAACUCAUGAUCAAAACAGGCCAUGUGAUUUCUGUUCAAAGGACGCAAAAUCGCUAAAAAACUUUGUAAAUUUGGUAAAAAUAUUUCGGUUAUUAAUGAAUAAUAUUUAUUUGACAUCUAUACCAGGUCGACUGUAAUGUUGCUCUUUAUGUGGAAAAACGAAGUUCUUACAACGUCUCUUGAAUGGCUUAACAUGCCUUUAUUUAGUUGCAGUUAUUCAUGUUUAAAAUCUAUAGAAUGAAACAAUUUAUGUUCAAGAAUAAAAAAUCUGGUUAACAGAAACAUCCUACACCAACGUAAGGUUAUUAAAGUUUUAAAAAUUACCACAAUUCCCAUGAAUACUAGGCAUAUCGCAUGACCAACAUAAUGUAGGGUAAUUUACGGCUUCAUCAAUUCUUUUACAUAUUAUCGUCAGGUGGUAAACCAUGUUUUUUAGGGCCUUUAGCCCUACGGAUGCCCUGGACCCAGGGCUGGCAAAUGUCAUGUUCAAUGAAAGAUCUCACGCGAUAUUUAAAGAGAUACUUCUGUCAUUGGAUGAGAAAACAAUGAUAGAGAUUUUCUUAAAAAUCUCAUCGAAUUUUUUGUCAUGACAGAACGUGACAGUGUUCUGAUCAUCGUAAUUACUAGUUCAUUUAAUGCUAUUAAAGUUACUUGUACCGAGGAAAUCUUAAUAAUAUAUUCACUCUACCGAUUACAUACGGUUGUUUGCUUAAAUUCAUCUAAAUCAGUUAGAAAUGUUGAUGUCAAAACCGCAUAAGAAUUAUUCUCAUAAGUGCUUGAUUAUUGAAAAAUGACAAGAAAGCUAAUGAUAGGUAGUUUCGUCUCGUGAUAUCGUCACAUGACAACCGUGAUAUUUACCAGCUAUGGCCCUGGCAAAAAACUGAUUGUAUGACAUUUCUCGGAAAACCAAUACCCGGAAACCCAUUACCCGAAAAAUCAUCAAUCUCGGAAUGAACCAAAGAUUUUGAUCAAAUCAUAGUAUGAAAUGCGUAGGUUUGCCUUAAAUGUCUUCAUGACAUUCUGCUGACGGUUGACAGUCGCUUCUUCCAUUAUUUGAAUUUUUCUAGCCUUGGUCUUAUUGUAUUUUAUCAAUACGCCAUAUGAUUUUUGUGUGUGAAACAACGCUUUUCGCUAGCUUUGAUACAAACCAUUGCGUGGUGGAAAAUAAUAAAUAAUAUAAAAUCAGUUAUAGCUUUAUUACGUUUUAAUCUAGUUAUAUCUCUUUGGGAUGUUCUGCAAAGAUUUAGACAUCAAUAUAACACACAUUUUUUCUGAAGACUCCAAAGUAACACAUUUCCAUUUGUGAGAGAUACAACGAUAUUUUAGCCCUUUUUCAAGACCACAUGUAAAACAGAAUGUAAUGUUAGCCUUGUUAGAACUUAUAAAAAAGUUUAAUUUACUAGAAAUUCAUUUUUAACCUCGGCUUAAUUUCGUCGCCAAAGUCCAUAUUCAAGAAGAACUUUGCAUAUUGCUAUUUUUCCGCCCUUCAGAAAUGUUUUGGUGGCAAAUGCCACCUUCGCCAUCGCCAUCUGAUGAACCUUCAACUUAAAGCAAUGACAAAUGUUUGCUUAAGGACUGUUCAGUAUAUAACACUUUCAGUCACAAUUUUAUUAUUUGACUAUUUAGCUUAAUACUUUCUUCGGCAAGUUUUUCGUCUUUGUAUUUUUACUAAAUCUUAAAUCACAUGUGCUCUAAAAUGCAAUUUUUAUACUCAUGUCAAUAUAACUUGAACACCAGGAUAUUUUUUUCCAAUUGUGUCAAGCCAAAAAUGUUUUAUUUCAGCUUUUCUAAAAUUUUAUACACACAAAUUCAAAUAAAUAUGAAUUUCGUAGAACAAAGUGUUUGUACGAUUUUGCUCGAUUUUCAGUAUCAUUUUUCGUUCAACGUUUACAACUUCAGAAAAUUAAUAAUAAUGUCUCAUAAAUCUGAUUCUUCCUAAUACCGUAAGCUUAAUCUAUUAAGUUAUAGUUUUCAUUAAAUUGAAAAACAUAUGAAACAGUUAACAUAAAUUUAGUUGUGAUUAUUAACUCUGUCAAUACAUUGUUUUAUCACGUUGUGUUCUAAUUAAGUGAUCUGACCAGUGUAACUUUCAACUCGGGGAGCAUGCAUUAAGUACGUCACGCAAAAUUUAGAGAAAAUUAAAUCCCUUCUCUCUUUCGCCAAGUUUUUCUUAUAACCUAAUGCAUUGCUUAGAGUGUGACGUACUUUAUCGAUGUGGCGAAGGAUACUAUUUUGCUUAUGCAUCAUAGAUUCAACAUAUAGUCUAAUAUUUUUGUUUUGAUUAUUGUGAUCACCGUAAAACAAAUACCAGUAAAAGCCAAUUAAUCAGUUUAUUGUUCCUCAGUACACAUUGCCUUGAAAAAUAUUGAAAUCAGAUUGAAACUUUGAUUUUUAUAUCGAAAUUCCAAAAUUAGUUCACUGAUUUAAAUGAGCCAUUUGCCCCAUUGCACCAGUUUUAGGGUAAUCUAAUCAGAAAGUGGGCACCAAAAUCAAUGUGAGGUAGAUGCGCUAUAUAUUGUAUUCGGCGGCUUAUAGAUCAAAGCACAGUUCCUACCACACUUUGCUCCCUAUAAUUUUACAUCAGAUUAAAGGAGAUGGGAACGAAUGGGAGCCAAAUCAAACCAACCAAAAAAUGUUAAAAUUUAUGAAUGAGAGAAGAGUGCGGCGAAACCCUAUAGGGCAGAUGGGGGCAAUAUGUAAUUGUUUUACCGGUUAUGUUUCGUUUUCUACUUAAGAUAAUUGAAUUACACUUUUUAACAUUUAAUUAUAUCAGACUUUUGUAACACCAAGAAUGGAAUAUCUGUAUUUCCUUUUUGAAUGUGUUAAUGUCUUCGGCAUCUUUUAUUUCCAAAAAAGUUUAAUGUCGUCAGCAUAGAUUAAAACUUUCAAUUUCUUAAUAAUGAAAGAGAUGUCAUUGAGAUGCUUUGAGGAACUCCCGAAGUGACCUCAACGGGAUUUGAUGUCUUUCCUUUGUAUUUGGCUAUUUGAUGGCGAUUAGUUAAAUAUGAUUCAAGCCAUUUGAGGAGUGCGGAAUGAAUUACCAUUUUUGAAGUUUAAAUGCUUCUCAGGUAUGUCAAUUCGAUCAACCGCUUUGCUGCUUUGCAGAUAUACGAAACUUCUAUGUGGUUUCCGUUAUCCAUUGCUUACAAGGAAUAAUUAAUGAAUUCGAGCAAAUUCGUAGUUUUGGAACGGUUAUUAAAAAAAAAGUAUUUAUUCUGUUUUUAAUUUGAAGAAAUAGUUUUUCAUUUACAAUCGCUUCGAAAAGUGCAUCUAACCUUUAGAUGCAUCUAAAUUUUUUAAACCCUUUUGAACGUUGAUUUGACUUACGCUGAUGUCACUUGAAGAUUAUGGAUAAGAUCCAAAAUAUUCACGGCCACGAUCCUAUUCUGAAAUACUAAGGAGUUGAAUUAAAAAAGAUGAAAAUAAAUAACGGAUCAUCGUAAAUUUUCGUCGAAAAUUUCAUCGAAUCUCAAUUUUCAUCAACAACAAUAGUACGUGACGAAUGCAUGGAAAGUCAUAUAAGGUGUGAACAACGUUUGGGUUGCAAGUGCGUGUGAGAAAAUAUUAUCAUGUUGCCAGUUAUUUUAUUUGUCUUUUAUUUGUCUUCGCGUUUCUCUUUCUUAUAGGGCUCUAGUCAAAAUCAGAAUCAAAAAAUGUCUUUUUGGUACGUGUGACGAUUAUGGAAGGCGAAAAAGUGCAGUAAUAGAAAAGUACCAUAAAAAGCGCAUGUCGUAACAUGUUCCUGGUAUCAUCCAGAUUAUUUUUGGAAUAAUUUUAACAUUCGUAGCAUCACGUUCUCAGGGUUUAGCAGGAGUUAAUGCAUUUGGUAUAGGAAGAACGUGACAAAAGGGGGGAACGGGUUAAUUUUCUCAAAAUAAUUUAUUUUAGAAUUUUAGGUCAUUUGUGACUUGUUCGGGAUGAGAGUUGAACUCUUGACCUUUAGAGUGAGAAAUUAUCCGUGGACAACCUUUUUUAAUACGACUUGUCGAUUUCCACAAAGAGCGAUAAUUACAGGAAACAUUGGAUAAGAUUGAAGACAACAUAUCAAGAAGAUUGAAUAAUUUUCCCGUUUUCUCGUACGACUUCUAUGAUACAAGCACAAUCACGUCAUCUGCUGCGCAAAGGUAAAUAUGCUCCGAACAAAACUGAUAGUAAAAAUAUUAACCUCAAAAGAGUAAUUUACAUGUUUGUUCAUGCGUUCCUUCACCUUUGCUCAGACGCAGCGCUACUGUAUCUGACUCUUAGAUUUUAGCAAAGUUUCCAGUCUUCUUGAUAUGAUGUCUGCGAUAAAAUGCAGAAUUACUAUAUUAUUAUCAGUCAUUUUAUUUUACUGUAACCACAGUGUUGUUUAUUUUGUCAGCUACCUUUUAAAAUGAACAAGUAGAAUAUUUUAAUCGAAAAAUUGUUAACUUUAAAACGAUGUACACUAAACCACCCACGAUAAUAUACGUUACGCUGGGAGCCGGAUGAAUAUUCUAAUUCUAUAUUUAUUGUAUUCACUGUAAUAUCUCGGAACCCUCAUUGCUACUAAUUUUUACAGUGUUAAUUAGGAAAAGCUUUGGUGUUUACUAAGAUGUCCGGCGGCUAACCAGCAUUUCUAGUCGCCUAUAGUUAAGAAGAUACAAAGAUAACUGAAUAAAAUUGCAAACUAAUCUCUUA